AUGCCACAAGCUCCGUGGACUACUAAAGAGCAGUGUAAAUGGCUCCAAGAACAGUUGCCAGAGUAUACCGCCCUACAUGGCAGCAAGGACAAGGACUACACGCUCUUCUGGCCUAAGAUUCAUCUUUAUUGGUUUAAAACAUGGCCCGAGCGAGCGAUCCUAUUCCCUGACAUCCUUGUGGAAACAACACUAACAAAGGUGCAAGAAACCGCAGUAGGUGAUGCCGAAGAUGCGCAUAAACUCCAAUUGCAGACCUGGUUCUGUUGGCGCACAAAUGUGUCCAAGAAAAAUCGCGGCUUAAAGAAGGAUGCAUCCAUCUUUGAAGCUGCCCUGCUACCAAAGUCACGUGCAAAAUUGGUCGAAGAAAUUUACAUGGAUAUGGUGUACGACAAACAGAUCAAACCUCUUGUCAAGGCCGAACAAGAGGCAGGUAAUGUAACUACAUCUGGUUGCCACAUAGCGUUGGGCCGAAAAUUUUGCAAAGAGCUUCUAGAAGAUGAGUCGGAUGAAGUUAAGCAGGAGGUCAGAGAGAAGUAUAACAAGCAGAAGAAGGUAAAGAAGGGCAAGUCAAACCACGAAGAUGAUGACGAUGACGAAAUUGAUGCUGAUGCUAUUGUGAAAGGUAUUGACGAUUUACCAAUCAUAUGCCAACGCUUUGCACGCCUUGUCAAGAAAAAGACUUGA